AUGGAACCCGAAGCUGUCACCCUGCACAAUCAGACAGCGUCGCCUCUGCUGCGCCUGCCACCCGAGAUACGCGACCGCAUAUACCACUUCGCGCUCAUUUGCGAUGGUAUUGUCAGCAUUUACCCUGCCCCAAAUGGUGUAGACUUUUGUACCGAAAGCCACUCGAUCAAUGGAUGUACCGCCACUCGGGUUACUCACCAGAGACCUGCUGAUCUGAGACCGGACGUUCGCCUUCGGUCGACCUGCCGACAGAUCAAACACGAGGCACGCAACGUUUACUUUGCCUGCAACACAUUCGCGUUCCUGCAUUCCUUCCACUUCGGAGGCGCAGACACGUUCGAAGAUCGCCACUUCAAAGUCCCCGGGAUCAACAAGAUCAAGACCUUGAGCAUGAUAGUUGGCACUUGCGCUCCCAUGGAUAACUUCACAAGAAAACCAUGUCUCGAUCGACUUCUUACACGCAGGAUCGACGACCUGAAGGGCUUACAAGCCUUGUCGAAGGUUCUCGUCCGGGUCUCACCGUGCACUGAACACCUCCUGCCAAGCUUUCCCCUGGGCUUUCCGCCUCAUCAUCCCGCCCUCCAGUCAAUUUCGGUAUUGUCUCACAAGAAACCACUGACGGCGGAAGAUAUACUGGAGUUGGUAGCGAAUGAGUUCAAGAAAGCUGAGUCCUGCAACCCAACUGUCUGCCUUGUGAAGGAGCGCGUGCAGGAGCGCCAUUUCACUAAGAAGAAGCAUGAUAUUCGACAAUGGCUGGAUCUCUGA